ACGGGACUGAUUGAACGUGACACAAUCAGAUUGCUCUCCGCGAAACUGUAACCGUUUGGCGUAUAUCAAGUUUUCUUCAGUUCAAACAUUAUCUGUGUCGCAAACACUGUGAUUUCGGUAAAUUGUUAUUUUAUUUGAGGAACAUGGUUGUUUUGCCUGUUGUUACAAUUUUUCUGGUUAUGAUGCGUUUUGUGUUUUCCUUGUUCCCGCUGGUGAAGCAGCCACGAGUUCAAAGGAGUGCAGAUUUGUGCCUCAGCCUUUUCUAACCGGUGACGACUGAAACGAAGUGCGAUCAAACGACUCCAGCUGUGCCCAUUGACGAAGUCCUCUGCGCCGCGACACGCAGCGGCUCGAGCUCCAGCAGGAUUUAGCGCUCAAGCCAGCCUCCUCGACGCACUGGUCUGGUGCGAAAGAGACACUUUUCUCUCUCUGUCUCUCUGUCUCUCUGUCUCUCUGUCUCUCUGUCUCUCUCUCUCUCUCUCUCUCUCUCUCUCUCUCUCUCUCUCUCUCUCUCUCUCUCUCUCUCUCUCUCUCUCUCUCUCUCUCUCACACACACACAGACAAUAAACCAACAUAGUCUCCCCUUGUCACCCAUCCUCCCCUUUCUCUCGGACUCGCUCACAUCCAGCGCCCCGAGAACGAAGUUGUGUCCAGCGCACCGACCUUAGCCGAUUUCCGCCCGUCGUUGAUCCGACGCAGCCCAACCCUGGAUUCAAUACUUUUAAUCAAUGGACAGAGCCUCCUCAACGGCCAGCAGAGGUACAGACACGCCAUAAGCAGCCCUUACCCUCUGGCAUUAGCUCCCCCUGGUGGUUGGAGGGGGAUGGAGCGCGGUGGUGGGGAGAGCCCCCAUAUGCAGGACAGUCCUGAGCGGGAGCGGCGGGGGGGCAGCCCGGACCUCAGCGGACCACCGCCAGGGAAGAUGGGGCGUCUGGAGCGCAACGGGAGCCCCACUGGGCCAUGUCUCCUACACCACAACGGCAACCCACACGGACCCCUGGGAGGUCUGAUGAUCCCAGUAUUCUGUGUGGUGGAGCAGGCAGGGCCGGACGGAGGGAUGCAGCGUGAGGAGGUGGAAAGGAGCGAGGGCCACAGGGAGGAGCAUGCUGAGUUUGUCCUGGUCAGGAAAGACAUCCUCUUCAACCAGCUGGUGGAGACGGCCUUGCAGGCCCUGGGGUACUCCCACAGCUCUGCUGCUCAGGCCCAGGGCAUCAUCAGGGUGGGCCAUUGGAACCCUCUGCCCAUCCACUUCCUAACAGACGCUCCUGAAGCCACAGUGGCUGACAUGCUGUUGGACGUCUAUCACAUGGUCACUCUCCACAUACAGCUACAGAGCUUUGCCAAGCUGGAGGAUCUUCCGUCAGAGCAGUGGAACCACGCCACGGUGAGGAACGCUCUUAAGGAGCUUCUCAAGGAGAUGAACCAAAGCACACUGGCUAAGGAGUGCCCACUGUCACAGAGUAUGAUUUCCUCGAUAGUAAACAGCUCCUACUAUGCCAAUGUCUCCACUGCCAAAUGCCAGGAGUUUGGACGCUGGUACAAGAAGUAUAAGAAAAUCAAAGGAGAUUAUCAGGAGAAGAUGUGGCCAGGAAGAGAACAUUCUGAAAUCAAAGUGGAGAGAGACAGCCUGGCAGACUUCUAUGUCCUGGGCCAGCGUCCCCCUCCCCACCUGGCCAGCCUGAUCCAGCUCAGCCACCUCAGAGGGGGUGGAGGUGCUCUCCUCAAGGGUGGCUCCGGGGACCCCCAAAACCCCUCCCAACCCUCCCAACAACAACAACAAUCCCAACAACAACACCCCCCCUCGCCCCAUGGCCAGCACCACAACAGCCCCCCUCUACGUGGCCAGGUCCCCCCUCCCGGCCCUCCAACCUCCCUCCAACCUCUCCUCGGCCCAGGCGGGCUUCUCUCCCCCCAGCUCAGCCCUCAGCUGGUUCGACAGCAGCUAGCCAUGGCUCACCUCAUCAACCAGCAGCUAGCUGUUAGCCGCCUGCUAGCCCACCAGCAUCCACAGGCCCUCAACCAGCAUUUCCUCAACCACCCUCCUAUCCCUCGCCCUUCCAAGGCAGGGGCCCCUGGGGACCCUGGGAGCAACCCGUCUGCUGCGGAGGUCUCCAUUGAUAUCUACCAGCACGUCAGGGAUGAACUGAAGAGGGCCAGCGUCUCACAGGCUGUGUUCGCCCGCGUGGCCUUCAACAGAACACAGGGCCUGCUGUCGGAGAUUCUGCGGAAGGAGGAGGACCCUCGCUCUGCCUCUCAGUCCCUGCUGGUCAACCUCAAAGCCAUGCAGAACUUCCUCAUCCUCCCUGAGGGGGAGAGAGACCGUAUUUACCAGGAGGAGCGUGAGCGCAGCAUCAACCCCUCUGUCGGCCUGCCCCCUACCCCUACCUCCAGCCCCGGGGGCCCCCGCCUCUCUCAGAAGGUGUGGGAGAGAGGUCUGGACGAACAGCUCACUCCUGAUGCCUGGGCUGCUAUCUGGAAAAACAAGACCAAAGCCUCCUCUGUGCCCAAGCCACCAGGCCCCAACCCAGACCUGCCCCUGAAGCCGGAGUCUCUGGUCAACAUCACGUCAGGUAUCUAUGAUGAGAUCCAUCAGGAGAUGAAGAGGGCCAAGGUGUCUCAGGCGCUGUUCGCCAAGGUGGCUGCCAACAAGAGCCAGGGCUGGCUGUGUGAGUUGCUGCGGUGGAAGGAGAACCCUAGCCCAGAGAACCGUACUCUGUGGGAGAACCUGUGUACCAUCCGGAGGUUCCUGACCCUGUCCCAGACAGAGAGGGACAUGGUGUAUGAAGAGGAGUCAAGGCACCACCACAGUGAGAGAGUCCACACUGUACUACACCUGCCCCAAGACCCACAGGCGCUGCACAGGCAACUCCCACAGCCCCUGAAGCACCACUCCCCCAUGCGCGAGGACCCCGUGCCCGCGCAGGGUAACGAGGAAGGGUCACAGAACGUUGAAAGAGGUGGUGGUGGGGGUGGCUGCACGGGCGGCCCAGGAGUCGGUGGUUCCAUGGUCGUUAAGAAGCCUCGGUCGCGCACUAAGAUCUCUCUAGAAGCCCUGGGCAUCCUGCAGAGCUUCAUCCAAGACGUGGGUCUGUACCCCGACCAGGAAGCCAUCCAUACCCUGUCAGCCCAGCUGGACCUGCCCAAACACACCAUCAUCAAGUUCUUCCAGAACCAGCGCUACCAUGUCAAGCACCACGGCCGGCUGAAGGAGCUGGGGGAGGGGGCUGGUGGCGUGGACGUCAGUGAAUACAGAGACGAGGAGCUCCUCUCCAGCUCAGAAGACCCUGAGUCCAGUGAGGAUGGUCACGAGGAGAUGUACCCCACUACUGAGAGGGAAGGAGGGGAGAGAGAGAGCAACGCAGCAGGGUCAGCCUCUUCCCUGGCCCCAGCCCCAGGCCAGUCUUCAGUGACCAGUAUGGGAGCCAUGGAGGAGAGCAAGGACAAGGGGCAUUCUCAUGGUCUGGGUGGGGGCCGAGCCAGCUCCCUGCCCCCUAGUAGCUCCUCAUCCAGUCCCAGAGAACAGGCUGACUUCCAGAGAUAGAGACCCAGAGGCUAGAUGAGACACUGGAAGAGAUGGGCGGAGACAUGAGAGACAUGAGAGACAGAGAGACAUGAGAGACAGAGACAGAGACAGAGACAGAGACAGAGAGAGAGAGAGAGAGAGAGAGAGAGAGAGAGAGAGAGAGAGAGAGAGAGAGAGAGAGAGAGAGAGAGAGAGAGACAGAGACAGAGACAGAGACAGAGACAGAGACAGAGACAGAGACAGAGACAGAGACAGAGACAGAGACAGAGACAGAGGGGAAGGGAAGGGAAGGGAAGGGAAGGGAAGGGAAUGGGAACAAAACACUGGGAGAGGGGAAGGGAGGCAUAGAUGAGACAAUGAGAGACUCACUGACACACACACACACACACAAAUAUAUACAGACAGAAGCGAUCCUAAGGAGGGCUCGUCAAAGAGGGAUUUCAGUGAAAAUACAAUUUGUUACCUCAGCAACAGGGAUAUGCCAUGAAAGAGCAGCCAUGUGGAACAGUUAGAAUAGUAUGUUCACUGAACCAAUAGACAGAGAGAAAACCAAACACACACAUCUCACCCCUGUCCACAAGAGGAACUCGCCACAUCAACACCACUCUUGAAUUGAGCCAAUCCCAAAAUUCAGCUUUCCCCAAGAGGGCCGGCUCUCAUCUGCUCUGUCCAAUGACUACUCUCCCUAAUGUCUCAACCACACCCACAUGCUGAGCACUUGUCCUGAUUUCGAUGUUGGGUCUUGAGUCAGGCCCCUAACUGACACUCAUAGACUGAAUACUGAGGGCCUGCUCAGACCUCCUUCCUCCUAUGGUCCCUCAGCUCCAGAUCUACAGCACAUAACUGGCUGCUGUAGCUGUCCACCAACUCCUCCCCCUCUCCGCCCCACUAGUCAUUCUAGUCUUUGGUCUUUGACACCGUUGGCAGUUUGAGUGGGUGGUUGGACAGCGGAUGGGUGUUGGGUGGAGGUGGGAACAGUGGUAUGGGGGAAUUCACCAAUGAUAAACACAUAUGGUUUAAGUCCAGAAUGGAAGCUUAUGGUAUUUAAAAAAAAGUUGGAAUCGCCGCUCCCAUCCAGCUCCUGUUGCCAAACCUCAAUGGUGCAACAACAUCCCUAUGCGAUGGACCAGACCAUCCCUCUAACCCCCUGCCCCCUAACCCCUGCCCCCUAACCCCCUAACCCCCUGCCCUUACCCCCUGCCCCCUACCCCCCACUCUAAAUAUGGUUCAUUCUCUCUAUCACUGUACAGCAGUUAUUACACACUAAUCUAGUGUGUAUGGCCACUGAGGUUUAUGAGGACACUACUAGCUGAACAUAUCAUGGUUUAGGACAUAAAAGAGGACAGCCUUGUGAGGACAAUGAGGACCCAGUGGUGUACAAGGACACUCAGGAUAACAGUUACUCUGGUCUGUCCUCUGUUCCCCCUGCAUACCCAACCUCUCCCUAUGUGGAGAGAAACAGGGAGGGACAUAACAGAAUGGAGGUUCAGCAAUCAGUCAAUCAGCCACUUUAUGUGCGCUAGCCCACCCCUUCACUCUUCCUCUCUCUUUCCCCCAUCCCUCGUUCCCUUCCUCAUUCUCUCUCUCUAUAAUUGGUGCCCACAGUGUCCCCUUCCACCACACCUACCCACAUGUAACUUCUCCACCAUAUUUAUUGCUAUCUUUAUCCAUGAUUAUCAUUAUUGUUAUUGUUGUUAUUGUUGUCAUAGCUGUUUAUUUUUUACUUAUAUUUUCAUGCUUGUAAUAUUGGCUUUUGGUGGUUGUUUUGGUAACGUGAGACGUUUUUUGAGACAUGAGAAACACACACUGCCGAACAAGAGUGGAAGAGAAACCAGAAAAGAAGCAGUUACUGUAACAUUUAUCAAAGUAGAAAUCCAUGUUGUGUCUAAGCAACUCACGCGUUUUUCCAAAGGGAGACGGGCUGAAACUGGAAUCCAAAGAGUAAAGGAAACACAAUGAAUGAACUGAGGUUUUGUUACAGAUGUUACCAAUGUUUGGAGCCGUUGGGCAACACGGCAGGCUUGCCCUCUGUGUGUUAUGUACAAGUGUGUCUACAGUUCAGUACUAAUCCUUAUCUGAGAGCGGGGACUUGUGUCGAAGGAUGCAUCCCAGAGAGAGGGAAUAGGGUGGCAUUUGGGGCACAGACAAAGUAACAGAGUAACCAUUAUUUAACUGUCUUGUACUGUAAUUCAUUAAUCAAUCAUACAAUACAUUGUGUUUUAUC